GUCGAAGACACAGAAAUUGCCACUCUUUCCAAAGUGGAUGUUUUGCUCUCAUUUACUAUUGAAGUGGUUGUUAUGGAAGUUCGUGGUCUGAGAUCAUUAGCGCCGACCCGUAUAGUCUAUUGUACGAUGGAGUUGGAGGGCGGAGAGAAGUUACAGACGGAUCACGCAGAGGCAUCCAAACCAUUAUGGGAUACUCAGGGAGAUUUCACAACAACACAUCCUUUACCGAUAGUGAAAGUCAAAUUAUAUGCCGAAAGUCCGGGAAUUCUUAGCCUCGAUGACAAAGAAUUGGGAAAAGUUAUUAUAAAGCCGACACCACUCACAUCAAAAGCCCCGGAAUGGUAUAAAAUGAUAGUACCGAAGAACGCACCUGAUCAAGAGCUCACCAUCAAGAUCAUCAUAAGAGUGGAUAAGCCAUUAAAUAUGAAACAUUGCGGCUAUUUGUUGGCUCAGGGAAAGCAAGUGUGGAAGAAGUGGAAGAAACGAUACUAUAUUUUGGUUCAGGUCUCGCAAUACACUUUCGCUAUGUGUAGCUAUCGAGAGAAGAAGUCAGAGCCAACAGAAAUGUUACAAUUGGAUGGAUAUACUGUCGAUUAUAUCGAACCAAUUCCGGACUUAGAAGAGGGACGAUUCUUCUUCAAUGCUGUGAAGCUUCCGCUAUCACAACACAAGCGGACGCUACUGCUCUUACUCACAGUAAAUACCCAAUACCGAUACAUAUCCCGGUGGCCAGUCCACGCCGAUAGGGCCCGUAAGCACGGGAUGGAUGAAUAUAUUCUGUCAGAUCCGUGUCGUUUCAAUCACCACCAGUUGUUUCGUUUAUUACAACGCGAAGCACUCAUGUUUAGGCUAAGCGAUCCGUAUUGUUCAUUGGGUUGGUUCAGUCCCGGACAGGUGUUUGUAUUGGACGAGUACUGCGCUCGUUAUGGUGUGAGAAGUUGUUUCAGACAUCUCUCCUAUUUAUGCGAUUUACUGGAGUUCGCAGAAAAGGGAACUCUAAUCGAUCCGACUUUAAUUCAUUAUAGUUUUGCAUUUUGUUCAUCACAUGUUCACGGGAACAGUACUACUGCACCCCCGAUCGGACAAAUCGCAUUCGACAUCAGACCCGAUGGCAUCGGAACCGUUACCGUCGAAGAAAAAGAUAUUUAUGCGGGAAUUAAAGAUAGACUAAAGUGUUUACUAGAGUACCAAAUAACAAAUUUUAGAUAUUCAUUCCCUUUCGGUCGACCCGAAGGCUCACUUAAAGCCACCCUCUCUUUGCUAGAAAGAGUACUAAUGAAAGACAUCCUAACGCCAGCCCCUCCUGAAGAGGUGAGAGGAGUGAUCAAGAAGUGCCUCGAAAACGCUGCUCUCGUUAAUUAUACAAGAAUUUCAGAAGUGGCCAGAAUUGAAGAAAUAGCGGCCGACCGGACAUUGGAUCCAAAUAUAAAGCUUCAAAAUUUGAUUCAUUUGGCAGAGCUUUGCGUUGAUCUCAUUCAAGAGAAUAAUGAACAUUACGCUGAGGCGUUCGCCUGGUUUUCAGACCUAUUGGUAGAGCACUGCGAAAUAUUUUUCUCGUUAUUUGCCGUCGAUAUGGACACAAUUCUGGUCGAACAGCCGCCUGACACGUGGGAGAGUUUCCCAUUAUUCCAAGUUUUCAAUAAUUACCUCCGAUUAGACGAAAAUCUAUGCGGCGGUAGAUUUCAUACUCAAUUACGCGACACAUUUGCUCCACAAGUGGUCAGAUAUGUUGAUUUGAUGGAGUCUUCUGUCGCUCAAUCUCUCCAUAAAAGUUAUGAAAAGGAGAAAUGGGAAUCAAAGGGGCCGAGCGGUUGCGCCGCUUCUGAGGACCUGUUCUGGAAGUUGGAUGCGUUACAGACAUUCAUCCACGACCUGUAUUGGCCCGACGAUGUGUUUGCCAAGCAUUUGGAACAAAGGCUCAAAUUAAUGGCCUGUGAUAUGAUGGAGGCGUGUAUUAAUCGUACGCUACAGGCCUUCCAGACGUGGGAACGGAAGGGCACCGCCCGGUGGACGAGCACUGAUUAUGUCGUGCCCUCAGAGAUGUGUGCAAUGAUUAAUGUCAUUCUUGACGCAAAGAUUCAGUCAUUAAAACUGUGCACUUUCGACGGCGCCGACACUAUGACUGCUAUACUUGAGGCAAGUAUUGCCAAAUUGGGCCGAUAUGAUGAGGGUAGUAUUUUGGCACCACUUCUCUCAUUGACUUACAAUAAAGGGAUGUCGAGUUCGGGCAGAGAAGUGGGCAAAGCGUACGUGAAUUUUGUACGAAACAGUACCGAACAGUUGAGACUAAAAGUGACCGACGAGUUUUGGGUUAUCAACCUCUUUGAGCAAUGGUAUUCAUCACAAAUGAAUCUCUUAUGCAAUUGGCUCUCAGAACGGAUAGACCACGGCUUGCAUUUGUUCCAACUCUCAGCCCUUUCCCAUAUUGUCAGGAAGAUUUACUCCGAUUUCGAACUCCAAGGCAUAGAAGAAUUCAGAUUGAAUUCAAAAGUAUAUCAAACUAUUAUGGCUCGAAUCCAAUUAGAAGAAGCGGCCGCUUCGGUCACCAAUGGUCUCAAUAGAGAACAUGAAGAUUCUGAGGAAUACCCGGACAAUGUGGCCGAUGCCAUAGCAAAAGGCAAGAAUCCAGGACUUAGCCGAACGGACUCUGAAACAAGUGAAGGCAAUUAUGUUAAUCGUAUACAAAAUGCCACUCAGAAUGUGAUGGGAAGGAUAUCAGGCAUCGGUCGAGGCGUUGGUAAUAUCGGCGGUGGAAUCGGAGGAUUCGCUAACAAAUUUUUAAACAACAAAUUCUAGACUUUUUUGAGUUUGAAUAAGUCAUCAAAAAACAAGUGAAAACUCAUUGUGUGAUCUCUUCCCGAGUGUUCCUUCAAUACAUUAGUUGUCAUAAUAUUAUAUUUAUUGAAAUAUCAAUCGAUAUAAUAAUGAUUUAGUUUACCAUAAAAUUGUUGCAAUACAUUAAAAACAGAAAGAACUUUAUGUUGUGAUCCUUUAAACAAACAAACAAACAAAAAAUGUUACAUUUUAUGAAGAUUUUAUUUGAAUGAAAAUGUUUUCUUUUUGCUCACAAGAGAUAAAGUAUAUAUAAGAAUAAUUAAACGUAAAAAUAUUUAUAAAAUUUGAUUGAAAUAUAUUAUACAAUACAUUCCUUGACUAACUUUAUUACAUAAAUGCAUUGGGAAUGGCCUUUGAAUGCACUCAAAGAGUUAGAAUUUAGACAUUGUCAAAUGAAAAAAUACUUAUAUAUACUUCUGUACUAAUUGUAAGUUUUUAUGUACAGAUAAUAUUGAGAAUAUUGAUAAAUAAUUAAUGUAAAUCUAAUCCACGUUAUCGUUAUUUGUAGUAAACGUUACAGUUUUUCUGCAAUCACUGCCAGCGCUCACAAACUCGACAUUAGAUAUAAUUGUUUGAAAACAAAACAAAUUAUUAAUAAUUUAAUAAAUUUAGGCGUCAUUUGAUUUGCUGGCAGUUCUCAGUUUGACUAUGCAUUUAAUCAAAAGG